AAACGUGUUUGACAACUUGGAACGUCACACGGAUUGCCUUGAUGGCUAUUGGAGUUCACUUGCAGAAAUGGAUUUGAUUGUGCUGAUUGGGAUUGCGACAGCACUUCUUGUUGCCUUGAUUAGUUUAUACUUCUUGCAAAAAGGAUCGAAAAGCGGAGAUGAGAAAGCCAAAUCUCAGCCUGCACGUGGAGUUCCAGUCCGAGCCCAAGAAGGAAUCCCUCGACGAGCUCAAAUAGCCCGUACCCAGAGAAACCGUUUACGAACUGCAGCUGCAGCUUCAUCUGAAACGCCACAGCAACAAGCUCAACAGCAACAUGAUGACGACGAUGAUGAUAGCGAUUCAAAUGCAGCCCAUGCCAGUCGUAUACCCACUGACGAAAAAAUGGGAGCCAAAAAACGUGCUAAAUUAGAAGCAAAGGCCGAAAAGAAAGCUCAACGUGAAGCAGACCUUCAACAACGUGAAGAGAAAAAGAAACGCGAUGCUCUUCUUGAAGAAGAACGCAAGAAACAAGAACAGAAGCUCGAAGAAGAAGAACGCAAACGUGAAGAAGCUGAACGUUUGGCACGAGAAGAGCAGGAACGUAGAGAACACGAAGAAUAUCUGAAGCUGAAACAAGCUUUCAGCGUUGAAGAGGAAGGUUUCGAGGAAGGCGAUGACGAAGAAAAGGAUAACUUACUGCAAGAAUUCAUCAGCUUCAUUCAAGAAAACAAAGUAGUCGUUCUUGAAGAUCUUGCUAAUCAUUUCAAAUUGAAAACACAACAAGCCAUCGAUCGAAUCACUGAAUUGCAAAAAAAUGGAAAGUUGACUGGGGUAAUUGAUGACCGUGGAAAAUUCAUUUAUAUUUCUGAAGAUGAAUUGAAAGCCGUUGCCAAAUUUAUUAGGCAACGAGGUCGAGUUUCGAUCACCGAGUUGGCUGAGUGUAGUAACAACUUAAUAAAUUUAACUCCAGUUGGCACAUAAAAGAGAGUUCAAUUGAGUUGAUCUGUUUUGUAUGUAAAUAAAUUGUAUAAUAAUAAAGAAUGAACAAAUAUUGCUAAAA